CACUACAGUUACGAAAUGCAAAAUCUUUUUGCAUCUGACCAAGGCGUUGCCCAUCAAACCCACGCACCGCCGGUUCCUUGCCAGCGCAGCGCCGACGCUCCAUCUUGGGUACCCCUCCAUCUUCCUCGCAGCUCCGCCCAGGCUCGGUCCCUCAGCGCAGAUCUUCUGCUCCUUCCCCCACUCGCGCGCGCUCAGGCUCGGUCCCAGGGAUCGGAUCUUCCGCGCAUCGGCGGCUCCCCCUCGGCGGCGUCCAGCGACGGAGGGGCAGUCCCAGGCUCGUCGUCGGCGGCGGCGGCGGCGGCUCCCCCUCCCGCCUCUCGCCAGUCGCCUCGCGCCCUCGCCUCCGUCCUCCGCGCACCGGCCGGCGACCCUGCGUACGCACCUCUCCCUCUCCCCUCCCGCCUCUGCUGUGCCAUGGGAGCCCGGCCAGCUGCCCAGGGUGGCCGGGCCUUGGCUCCGCCGGUGGUGCAGGUGGUGGAUUUGUCUUCCGACUCCGAGGGCGAGGUGUCGGCGCACUCGCCAGAUCACAAGCGCCCCUCUUGGCAGCCGGCUCCAGACUCCAAUCGCGGGGGUGGCGACACUGGUUCCAGCGCCAUGGACAUCCUCUUCGAGCAAGCGGCUGCGGGCGCGGCGUGGGGUGACGCGCUGAAGAAAGGGAAGGAUAAGGUCGUGGAGGGGGAGAGCGCGAGGCCUCCAAAGCACAGUGGAGAAUUGCUCGGUGCUGCUGGCCGCGUCCUGGGAGCUGGGAGUGAUCCGUGGAGCGCAGUGGUGAGCAAGUGCAAGGCUGGGGACGGUGGGAAUAAUGGAGCUGGGUGUUGGGGUACUUGGGGUGACCGGGGUGGCCGCGUCCUGGGAGCUGGGAGUGAUCCGUGGAGCGCACUGGUGAGCAAGUGCAAGGCUGGGGACGGUGGGAAUCAUGGAGCUGGGUGUUGGGGUACUUGGGGCGAUCAGCUUGCUAACUCGGCCCCCAUGCCGCGUCUAGGGUCAGAGAGGAAGGGGUUUCAUGAGACAUAUGCACUGCGAGGGAUGCCUCAGCUUCACAGUGAUUCUGCAGCAUCCAGUGACAAGUGGAAGGGUAUUCUUGGUGCAAGCCCUGCUGAUCAUGCCAACUCACUGUGGAGCUCCUGUGAUACUGACAUGGAAGAUAAUGUGGAUGAAACCUUCUCCCAGAGGUCUGCGUCUGCUCGUGAAAUUUCUAACUGUGAUGAUUUUCUUAUGGAAGAUAGUAGCUCGUCAUGGCUAUCGAAGAUCAAAGGGCUGCACUUCCCACUUCCUGACGAGCAUCAGUUGAGAACCAGGCAGAUUGAGGAUGAUGAGGCGUUUGCCCGCAGACUUCAAGAGCAGCUCAAUCAGGAACAGCCAGGCUCUCAGCAUUCUGAAGCGGUUGAUGCAACAAUAGCCUGGACAUUACAUGAGCAAGAUGCUGAGCAUGCCAGAUUUGCUGCAAGAGAAGGCCAGUCUAGUUCUAGCCAGAGGGACAGAUCAAUGGCACAUCUAUAUUCUUAUGGACGUCACUCACCUGUUCAAAGUUUUGCUGCUUGGGCAUCCAAUCUUCCUCCAAUUCCAAUGCCAAGCUUUAGAGGUUUGCAAAGGAACUCCAACUGCCCUCAAGCGGAGCAACGCAAUAUGCUUAUCUCUCAGUUAACCAAGGGAUGCUUCGGAGAAGACAUGGAUCUAGAAAUGAGAAUGGCUGUACUGGACUCGCUUUCUGAAGCAUUUAGGAACUGCGAGGACACACUUUCUCCAGAUUCUGAUGUUGAUUAUGAGGACAGCAUAGCAUUUGAUGUGGAGAUCCAGUACAGAGGUGCUUCUGAUGAUCAAAUAAACAGCCUGCCGCUAUCACUAGUUGAGGGCGGAAAUUGUUCGGAUGAACCCUGUAACAUAUGCUUGGAUUGCCCUGCUGCUGGUGAUUCCAUCCGGCAUUUGCCAUGCUUGCACAAGUUUCACAAAAAGUGCAUUGACAGGUGGCUUGGGAUGAGGACAUGUUGCCCGAUUUGCAAGUCAAAUGUAUUCUCCCAGUAGGCCGUGGGCAUCUCUUAUACUUUUGGAGUAGCAUCUCCUAUACUUUUGGAGUAGCAUCGAAGAUAGAUAGCUGACUAAUAGGAGACAUUGGUACUGCUGGUACAGCUGUGAUGUGAACAUUGUGGUGUGACUUUGCUCUCUUCUGCUCGGGGGAGCAUCUAAAUUCUGUGGCUGUGGAUAAAUUUACUGUUGUGCGAGAAGGCAUGGAAAACCUGGCCUUGUUUAGUUCCCAAAAAUUUUGCAAAAUUUU